AUGUCAAAUAUUACAGUUUGUGCACGCUUUAGGCCUUUGACUUCAAAGGAGAAGCAAAAUGGCGAUGAUUCUGUCUGCAUUCAGUGCAUAGACACCGAAACUUUCAUUUUCAAGGACGAGAAGGAUGAAGAAUUCGUGUUUAGCUUUGAUAGAGUGUUCUAUGAGAAAUCCGAGCAAGCUAAUGUCUAUCAGUUCCUAGCUCUUCCCAUAGUUAGAGAUGCUGCUAAUGCAAUUAAUGGGACAAUUAUCACUUAUGGACAGACAGGAGCUGGGAAGACAUAUAGUAUGGAGGGAGCUGGUAUAUUAGAAUGUGAUGAACAGAAGAAGGGCCUGCUUCCAAGAGUUGUAGAAGGACUUUUUGAUUCCUUAAAUCCUUCAGAUGAAGACAUAACAUAUUCAAUCAAAUUGUCAAUGGUUGAAAUCUACAUGGAAAAAGUAAGGGACCUUUUUGAUUUAUCAAAAGACAAUAUACAGAUUAAGGAGAGUAAAUCACGGGGAAUAAUUUUACCUGGUGUUACAGAGAUCACUGUACUGGAGCCUGCUGAAGCAUUGCAAAGCCUAUCUAGGGGGAUAGCAAACCGGGCAGUUGGAGAGACCCAAAUGAACUUGGCCAGCAGCAGAAGUCAUUGUGUUUAUAUAUUCACAAUUCAGCAAGAAUUUUCCCGAGAUAGAAGGAUGAGGUCAGGAAAACUAAUUCUUGUGGACUUGGCGGGGUCUGAGAAAGUGGAGAAAACAGGUGCCGAGGGAAGGGUUCUAGAAGAAGCUAAGACCAUAAACAAAUCCUUAUCUGCUCUUGGGAAUGUAAUAAAUUCUCUUACAUGUGGUUUGCAAGGAAAAGCAAGCCAUAUCCCUUACCGUGAUUCCAAGCUCACUCGAAUUCUUCAGGAUGCACUUGGAGGAAAUGCUAGAACUGCAUUACUCUGUUGUUGCUCCCCCAGUGCUUUUAAUGCAUCAGAGAGUCUGUCAACUCUUCGUUUUGGAGCAAGGGCAAAACAUAUAAAGGCGUCACCUCGUGUCAAUUACAGUGAAGAAAAAUGCGACACAGGUUUCAGUGCUUCUUCUCCACCUGGGGAUGAGUCAUGUGGUAGAAUUUUGAACAAGUUGGGGGAAAGAUUGAAUGUUGAAGAUGUGAAGUUACUAGAGGAAUUGUUCAUACAAGAGGGCAUUCUCUUUGAUCCUCCAUCAGUUGAAGAGGAGUCAGAAAUAGAAGAUCUCACCUUACAGACUAUAUCCUCACUACAAGAAGCCUUGGAAAAGCUCAUAUCUACCGUUGACGAGCUUAAAAGGGAGAACAGCAUUCUCAAGGCCAAAGUUGAUGCCUCCAUCAAUUCUCUAUUCUGCAAGGAAGCAGAUAAUAGUUCGGUUUUUCAAAAUUUGAUUUCAGGUAUCCUGACAUUCGUCUUUCGCUGGUUGGGUCACACUUCCCCAAGACGAUGA